AUGAAGCUAACAAGCAUUCUCCUCUCAACGUCUCUCAUCGCCGCAGGCGCACAAGCCCAGCGGAACCAUCCAGGCCCAGCAGAAAACAGCAUGGCCGCAGUCAACAAAACAGCAUCACCGGACUACGGCAACGACCUGGCUGCCCUAGAACGCCAAGUGGUAUGGUUACCCCUCGGCGAAGACCAAGAGGCCUGUGCCUACGGCGAGGCCAAGGCCCUCGGGGAGAAGGUGGUCCUCAAGGCAGACUGCCAGAAGGUCGUAGACUACGUCUCCGGCCGGAGCGGAUACUGGACGGUCACCGGCUACGGAAGGGGCGAUAUAUACGCCCUGCUCUUCAGCUGGGGCACCUGUUCCUUUGAUGUAGCCCGCGUGGACGACGUGAAUUUGUAUUUUCAGUUUGGCAAUAUCGACGUCAAGUACUUUGUAGAGCAGGCGAUGAGGUUGAGCAACGACCCCAGUCGCAUGCCUACAGUUAUCGUGAGCGUCCACUGCGCUGGCGAGAAUUCGCCCUUGGUGGAGUGGAAGGUAGGUCUGCCGUGGUCAGGAGCUUUGCGCUCGGCGCGCACCAGCGCUGUUGGAUGGGUGGCGGUGGCUUUGGUGGCAAUUGUAUUCGCAUAG